GCCAUCUCCCACCCGACCUGUUGCGCCGGCCGCCGGGGGGAGGAGAGACACGCCGCCGUCUCGCUUCUUUCCCCUCCCCUCCCCUCCCCUCCCCGCAAGCCGUGCCGCAGCCGAGCGAUCGAGAGUCGGAGGUGGAGGAGGACGAUGUCCAAGUCGUGCAAGGGGCUAGCCAUGGAGCUCGUCAAGUGCCUCAGCGAGACCGACUGCGUCAAGGUGCAGAAGAGGCCGUACAAGGAGUGCGCCGGGGAGAAGGCGCCCAACAUCACCAGCGAGUGCGUCGGCCUGCGGGAGACCUACUUCAACUGCAAAAGGGGCCAGGUUGACAUGCGAGCCCGGAUACGUGGGAACAAGGGGUAUUAAUGUUGUGCAUGUGAACUCCCUAUCCAACUGAAACUUGCAGCCGAAUUGUCACUACAAGCCAUCUUGUGUUUUACAUAUACUCUAGAUCUCCACAGGAUCAUAAUUUAGUUGGUAUGUAUUUUUUCUUCGCCAUAGGAGACAGGAACCAAUUCAGCACACGAGUAGUUUCGGUCGAUGAGAGGGUGCAUCUCUUUAUUGCUGCCUAACCAUUGUCUUCUGGAGAGAAAAAAAAAUGUUUGAUCAUAAUGUAUCUUGUAUGCAAUUUUCUGUUAUGGAACAGAGCUGCAUGACCUUUUUUGUUCUAAAACUCCUCUGAAAGAAGAUUGGGGUGAAACUUUGAA